UCCAUCCGCAGGUGGCAAAACAGGUUGGAAGAGAGCAGUGGCUGCAGAGCCUGCCGGUGCUUGAAACAUCUGGACUGUCGGCCCUGCAGAGGAAGGAAGCAGAGGCAGCCUCUCUUUCUGUCUUUGGACGGCGCUGUCAGGAUGUUGCGCGUAUUCACUUAUCUCAGCUCCGAGGUUGACUGGUGUGAGGCGAACUUUGAGCGCUCGGUGUACGUCGCCGAGUAUUACAACACGCUCAGCAGCAUUGCUUUUUUCCUCCUGGCACCCCUAACGUUGUGGCUGAACAGCGAUUAUGUCUCCUACCGCCCCACGCCGAUUCGGAGUUUCAUUAUCUUGCAAAUCCUUGUUGGCAUCUUCUCUUUCUACUUCCACAUGACCCUGAGUUACACCGGGCAGCUGCUGGACGAGCUCUCCAUCCUCUGGACCUUGUGCAUCUCUUACGCCUUCUGGUUCCCCAUCCGCUACUUCCCCAGAUGCAUCAAAAACAGGGACCAGUUCAUCACCUUUGUGGCCAUGGUGACGGUGACCACCACCCUCAUGUCUUUUGUGAAACCGGCCCUCAACGCGUACGUCCUCAACUGCAUCGCGUUCCACCUGCUUUAUCUGGCGUUCCAGGAAGUGAAAAGGUGCAGCAGCCCUGCAGUCAAGCGUGUGGCGAUCACCAUGACCCUCUGGUGGGUCCUCGCCGUCAGCUGCUGGCUCGUGGACAAGUUCUGCUGCGGCCUCUGUCAAAAGCUCAACUUUUGCUACCUUCACAGUUUCUGGCACGUCUUCAUCAACGUCGCCAUCCUCUAUUGCAUCACCAUGAUCUUGUUCUUCGACAUCUACCACAACCUGCCAAGCAGCGAGCCAACGAUGGAGUACUGGCCCAGCAACACCUGCCCCAUCGCGCUGCCCUACAUCAUGAUCCAGAAGCCCCUGAAGUGGUGCUAGCGGGGCAGCAAGGCGGAAGGCGGC